AGUAAAUCAGUUAUUAUAGAGCAACUGUGGAGAAUGUUGACUUGGUUCAGUAUGGAUUUGAGAUUUUUAAUGAUGAUUUCGUAUUGUUUUUCGCUUCAAUGUGAGACUCUGGGAUCAUCGAUAGGAAAUUUCGCCAAUUUUAGUCAGUCGCUUGAAAUCGCAAAUGACUUUUAUGCCGACAUCAAUCCUUUUCAAAAAGUCAAUUCGAAAUAUUUCUAUAUAGAAAGGAGCAGAGCUCUCAAUUGGUUCGAAGCUCUGCACAAGUGUCGUGAAUUGGGGUCGGAUUUGGUCAACUUUCGAAAUGAUCGCGAACUCGAUGCAGUGAUACCAGAGUUGAGUAAGAAGCGCUGCUAUUGGCUGAGCAUAAAUAACUUUUCAGAGAAAUCCCAAUAUAUUUCAAUUACUAACGGCCGGCCACCGAGCUUCGCCAGAUGGGGUCGCGGGGAACCAAAUAACUUGAAAAACAAGGAGCAUUGCGGACAGCUUGUGGCCUUCAACAGAAACACAUUCUAUUAUAACGACAAUCAGUGUAUUCGGCGCUGUUACUAUAUUUGUGAAACGAAGCUGCCCAGCCAAACAAAUGUUGUUAUAUGGUGAACAUAUAAAUAUAUGGAGCAAGCAGUGG